AAAAUGUUCACUCAUGCAAUGAAUCACAUGCCGGAAUAACUAUAGGUCAGAUGAAUCUACUUAUUGCGGUAUACGCAGUAGCUCUACUUCUUACCCACCUACAUAACACUAGUCACAAUCAGGUACCCGGUGUAUAUUUGGUUUACACACGAGUUCACAGGGUCUUUUGGAGGCUGUUUGUUACAUCAUUUAGUAAAGAUGGAUUUAAAGCUGGGAUGAGCAAGGAUCAUGAUCAUUGGCAUGAACACUCCGGUUCGAUGAUGGGACGAAGUUCCUACAUGAAACCGAUUAAACUUCAAGGUUGCGUCCACUCUCUCUCUCUCUCUGGGUUAUAAAGGACAUAGAGUGGUUCAUCUAAGAUAGAAUAUAGUUUUAUUAUUAAGCAA